AUGCGCACAAUAACCAUCCUCCUUCGAAAACACGCCGAACUCCGUAAAACUCGUCUAAUCUGGCAGAAGCGAAUGGAUCUUCUACACGAUACUGACGAAGCCAAACGCUACAAUCUUACCAAACAGAUUCUCGAACGACCUCAACCUUCAGCGAUACAAAUGAACGAAGGAAUGCGGAAAUAUGUAACUCAACGAAAGAUUUCGCAAAUUCUACCGAGUUACAGUAUUCUGAAGGCUGUGCGAAACGGUAAUCCAACAGAACCAAACGUUGUGUAUCAGCAUUACACGAAGAAGAUGAGGAUUUUGAGAGUAUUGAACACGGCUCAUGGGUUCAUCAAUAGGCAUUUUAAAGAUCCUACGCUUUAUUUGCCGAUUCAACCGUUUUAUGGCAGUUUGACACUUCAGGUAGGGGGCAAUUCUGAAAAAUUUUGAGAAAGAGUUUUUUUUAAAUUUUUUGAAAAAAAUAAUUAAAAAAGUAAAAAUUUUGCUUUUUUUUGAUAUUACACAUGUCUCAAAACAUCAAUUUUAAAGCUUUUCUGAUCUUAACAAUGAUUUUCAACUAAUUUUUUUCAGGACGGAAUAGUGAUAUCGAUGAAGCGAGACGGCUGGACAGAAUCUUUAUACCAAAAGCUCUUGGCACAACGUCGCAACUUGCCAAUGAUCGAGAAUGUUUUAGAAAGAAGGUGUAUAUUAAGGAAGGAUCCGAAGGAAAGAGAUGUCUCCAAGUUUACUCAAGAAGAGAUUAUCAGAAUCAGAGCACAAUCUCAACAUUCAAUUGAUGUCAGAGCUACUACUUACCCGUCUCAACAAAACAUGACGGAUGCUCUGAAGUUGGCUUCGAGUUACAGUAAACCUGCGAGAAGGAAUGACAUUUCUUUGUCGAGGAUUGGACCAAGACAUGGUGAAGUAGAUGCCAAUAAUGUUAAGGUUAGUUUAGCUAUGGUUUGGCUUAUAGUUUUGGAUGUUUUAAAACUUUAAAAAAUUUAAAAAGAUUAAUUAAAAAAGGAUUACCUAACUAUAUUACCCACGUUUCAGCUGGUCCUAGAAGAAGAGGUGAAGACAGAAACGAUAAAUGCGAUAAAACAACGUCGAGCAAAGAACAAAAAACCCUAUCUUCUUCUUCCAAAUGGCAUUCCAAUAUUACCAUUAGACAGAAUAUCAACGAAAACAUACCCAAUCAGAGAAGAUCCUAUCGUACAUCCAUACCCAUCUUCAAUCAAAACAGCCGAACUGUUAGAGAAGUGUGGAUUAGGUUUUUGUGGACUGAAGGCAUCAGAAGAGUUUGUGAAAAAGUUUGCGAAUGAAAUGAAACGAAUGCAAGAUGAACGACACAACUUGGUUUGGCCUGGAAUCGGUAGAGUAUUUAAGGAAAAAGGAGGCACGGUGAAGGAGUUGGAUGGCGGAGAGGAGGAGAGUGAGGUUGUGCUUAAGGUGGGUUAAUAUAAAAAAAGAAAUUUUGAACUUUUUUUUUGAAAAAGUUUUAAAAUGUGUGUAUGAUAGGGCUCAAAAGGACCAAAUUAUCUAUUUUUAAAUCCAUUCCUUCAUAUAACGCUGUCACUUUUCAGUUGUCGUACAUACCAUCAAAAUCAACAAAAAUCCCAUCAAAUUACGUGAUCAGAUUGAAAGACAACAACAUCACAGAGCUACAUCAACUUCCAAAUGUAUCUACUCUAUCAGAUUACUCCAGAAUUCCGAUCGAACGCAAAAUGAAAUGCUUUGAAAAGUCUUAUGCGGAUUCAGAAGCCAUGGAAGACGACGCGAUACCAACAUACGAAUCUCUCUACAUUAACAACUCGCUUUAUGACAUUCAACAAGAUUACUUGGAUUCAGAUGACCGAAAAACAUUGUCAAUUACUCUAAAUGGUCGAUUAGAAGCUGUGCUACAGGCAAGACGAAAGGGGGUGAAGUACAACGAAAAACAGUUUGAUUACUGUAUUAAGUUGGAUACUGUGAAGCCCGGCAUUAAGUUAGAUGCUGUAGCUUCUGCAGAAACCCUGGAUACAGUAAUUAAUGGAGAAAAGUUGGAUACAGUAACUGCUGGAGAAAAUCUUGAUACUGUCCCUUCGUGUUCAAAUGUAGUUACAGUAAAGCCAAGUAUCGUAAAACAACGGAAUCUGCUUCAGAAUCUGGAUUGGAAGAAGAUGAUGGAGAAUAAGCUCGACAAGGCACAGAGGUUCAGAUUGGUACCAGUUGAGAAUGGCACCAAAAAUGAGUUCUGGUUAAUAGACAGAGAUGGUGAUCAAGAUGAAGAAGGUGUUACUGAGAUCAAACUCAGUGUAGACGAUGCUGCUUCGGAUGGUGAUAAGAAGUUGAUGUUAAGAAGAGUUGAGGACAGGGAUAAAUUGUAAGCUUUUAGGGCAUUAUAUCUCACCGUUUGAGCAUAAUAAUGAUGUUUUGUAAUGAUAAUAGUGGAUAAAAUUUUACUUUUUUGGAUUUUAAAUUAACUUCUUUUCAGAUUCCCUCAACUCGACCAAAUCAUCAACGAAAACAUUCAAAAAGUCAUUGGUUAUUUCGAUGAAUAUCGCCAGAAAGACGGCGCCAUCAAGGAACAGUCCAAAGACGACGAUCUAAAAGCUGUCGUCCUACUUGAAUUCGAUUCUGUUGUCGCCAAUCUCCCUGUCAUCGACUUGUCCAAUAUGAGGAUCAAAGCAUCGUUCGAUGAGGACGAAGACGAGCCGAGAAUAAUAUUUAGCUGCCAGAAGAACAAAAAGGUCAUCAACAUGAAACAAGACAUUGUCAAUGGCCAAGUCAACUUCUCGAUCGCUGUCAGGGAAGAUCCUUUCGAGGAUUUGAACGAAAAACCAUCAGAAACGUUGAUAACAAAGUACGAAACUGACAAUUCAGUACUACCGGUACUAGCUCGACCUCACAUAAAGAGUACGAUUGUGAAGCGACUGAGUAAAUGGUCGGAGAAGAGAAGGAGGAGAUGGUUGAAUGUGUUGAAAUACAGGUUCUUGAGGAGGAAGACGAUGAGAUUGAACAAAACUGUAAGAUCUACUGUAAGAGUGGUCUGUGACAAACGACCUUCCACAUCGAAGAACAUCACGUCAGAAGCCAACGACAGAGAUGAGGCAGGGAAACAGUCGACAGAGUUUAGGAAGUUGGCGAUAAGGAAAAGAUUGGCAUCGAUGAGGAAUAAGAAGGGAGAUAAUGAGCAUGAGGCUAAAAGUCCCGUAAGUUUUUCUAAAUACGACAUUUUCUUGGUAUUUUGUUAAUGGUAAUUUGAUCCGAGGUAAUAAUUUUUGUCUAGUUCCCAAAAAAAUUGUUACCUAAAAUCAACGGUGCUAUUAUAGGUAAAACUAGCCAACGAACUGGCCUCAUCCCUACCCAACUCUGGAGUAUCCACCCCAAUGAGAUCUCGAUUACCUACUCAUCACGAUGAGUCGGAUCAGCAUUUAAACACACCGGUCGAAAAGUCCCCUCAACCAGAACUAUUCAACACGGUCUCUGAACUACUAUUGGCGACGAAACUGAAAACUUUAGAUCAGGAUUCAGACCUCUAUAAACCUGUAUUUGUGGAGGACUCAGAGAUACCUGAAAGUAUGGUUGAGGUGAAGAAUGAUAAGGAUUUGUGUGCUUUUCGAUUUGAUCGGCAGAGCGAUGUGAGUUGUGCUUAUAAUAAUAUUUUUUAAUUAAAGGGCUGAACAGGGAUUUUUUUAAUUUUUUUUUGAAAAUUAGAAAAAAAUGUUAUUUAUUUUAAAAAAUAGCUUGAUUAAGGAAAAUAAAAUUGAUAACGACAUUAAACAACUGAUACCAUUUUUUCAGGAUCUUUUUGUUGCCGACAACGGGAUAAAAGACGUCUUAUCAGGCCCAACACCAAUCGGAAAGACUUCUUAUCAAGAAGACAUUGAAAACCCUCUAGAUGUGAUCAGUCUCCCCACCAUGGGUCCGUCCAAGAUCCUCAAGAUGAGGGCGGCUCAAGUCCCACCCAGAAUCCAGAAGAAACACGAGAGAAUCAGAGAGAGGUUAGAGAAGGAAGCGGCCGAAUACAAGGUCGCGGUACCUGAAGACAAGCCCAAAGAAGAGGAAGAGUCUCAGCUACCUUCCGCUGAUUCCCUAGCUCCACAACGUGUCUACACAUAUGGAAAUGAACCCAGUAAUAGCCAAAGGGUGGUCAUGUUUAGAUCAGGAGCAACACCACCAGUUUACUCUCGACCAGUUCAUACCAACACUGCCGGGGGUCAGGUCAGGACGUAUGUCGUUCAUUCACAAAUGAAUCCACCUCCCCAACAACGUAAGAUAUGUUUGAAUUUUGGGUUUAUAUGAUAGUUAUAAGCUGUUUUAGUAUUUUUUAAAAUAAUUUUGGCGAAAUGAUCUAUUAGAUCUACGUAAUAUUAUUUUUAAAAUUUGAAUCAUUUUUCAUUAUCAAAAAAAUCGAUUUUUAUUUUUCUAGAUUUCACUUCAGCCGGCCAACCCGUAUCCAUCCACCAGCCCGCUCCCAGUACCUCAACCCACAACCAACAUUAUGUAUAUAGCCAGUCGAACAACGACCAUAACAAGUUCCCCCAACCAUCCUCAAUAUCAUACCGACCGAUGACCAUCCAAAAGAGUCGACCGAAGCCGGCACGACCCGGGAAUCCGCAGAUCGGCCGCCGAAUCGGCAGGAACGAUUCAGUCGGGACGGAAGGCCGCGAACUCACCGUACGAGAAACCUUACAACGGUUGACGAUGAAUAAAGGCGCAGCAAGGGCAGGACCAGCUCCUCCUGGUCAGCGACCUAGUUUCUAUCCAAAGGCACAAGGUCAGAGGGCACAAAUCCCCAGACCAGAGCGGCCGACACUUAAAAGACGGCUGGAAGAUCCAUCGUCGCUACAGGUCGAGCUACAGCCAAUGGAGAGCGAAAAACGAAGGAAAAUCGCGCCAAAGGAAGGGACAGCUCAGCCAAAGGUAAAUUUUAGUUUUACCAACAAUAUCUAUUACCAGGGACGUCGUUUGGGGGAGGGGGUAGGGGGGGGAGGGGGGGAGGUACCCCCUCCCCCAGAGCCAAUCCGAAAAAAAAUUCCACAGGUGGACAAAAAAAAUUUUUUCGACCUCCCCCUCCCCCAGAGAAAAUCCGUAGCGACGUCCCUGUCUAUUACCAUGCUAUCAACAGCCAUGGUUAACCAAUUUUAAACCCAAAAUUUUGAAAUUUAAAAAAAUUUUUUAAAUUUUAAUAUUCAAAUUUUCAGCCCGCCGACGAUCAGCUUAAGCCCUCAACCUCAUCAACCAAAAAACCAAACAUACUACCGAGCACAUGA